CAGAGACACCACAGAAGAAGAACAAGAAGAAGAAGAGGUGGAUUUAGUGGCGCUUUUUCUGCGUGUUUCCUGCGUGUUUUCUGCGUGUUUCCUGCGUGUUUUCUGCGUGUAAUGCUCGGUUCCUCCUGUCAGUGAGUGGAUGUGAGGAGGACAGAGGACAGACGACAGAGGAUGGGAGAGUCCUGGUCCUCCAGGUGCCUCGCGCUCUGCCUCGCGCUGCACAUAGUCUCAGUGCUACAGACCAUAGUGAGCGCAGGUCAGUGCGAUUCUGUGUUUCGAGGUUUCUCAGAUUGUCUCCUUCAGCUCGGAGAGAACAUGGCCAACUACCCUCAAGACCUGGAGGACCAGGAGAACCUGAGCAAGAUCUGCAGUUACUGGGAUAACUUCCACUCGUGCGCCACCACGGCGCUGGCCGACUGCCAGGAGGGCGCCACCGACCUGUGGGAGAAACUGAAAAAGGAAUCUCGUAAUAUGGAUUUCCGCGGGAGUCUUUUUGAACUUUGUGGAGGCGGAAACUCUGCGCCGAGGUCCUCUGAAAGCAGAGGGCUCGCCCUGGUGCUGCCCACUUUACUGACUUGGCUGGCGUUUUAACAAGGAAACACCACGAGAAAACCAACCAAGAAGAACAACAAAAGAAAAUAGCUACGAAAAAAUCAUCUCCAGAAAAAAACUCCAACGACGAUUCCCAAACAAAAAAAUGGAUUUUAUCGUUCCGCCUGCUUUGCCGUUUCUGGGACUUCUGCAGGCAUCCAAUCACAUUAAAUAUUCAACGUUCAGAGGAAGAGACGGUCGUGGAAACACAUCGAGGUGAAAUCUGAAUUAUUGAUGAUGCAGAGGCGGUUCUAGGGUCAGUCGCUGACGAGAGGCUCCUUUAAUAAUGGAGACAAAGACUAGAGCUCUUCAGUUCAUAGAGAAGAAAAUUAAUGACCUGGACUGUGUGUCAAUGACUUCUAGUCCUUACUUUACCAUUAACAUGCAGUCAGUCGCUGAACCAGAGGCACGUUUAAUAACAAAGGCUUCAGGAUUUAAGCUUCAGUUCAGAGAAACAACUUCAAAACAACAGACUAACCUACUUUACCGUUAACCGACAUGCAGUUUAGGGCAAUAAACACAUUCUUUCUGCAGCUAUUUCUUUAUUGGUUGGUAUUUGUUAUAAAAACCCCUUCCUGUCACCUUAACCCAGAUCACAGCUCAGUAUUAAACCUGAUCACAAACUGCAUUAUUAUAGAUGUGAUCUCUAGAACCGCCCAUGCAUCGAUGCUCGUCUGACACAGAACCAGGCGGUGCGUUCAGGGUCCAUGUGCAACGCUCCAAUAAAUCAAUAAUCCGGUCCUCUGGUUUCCAUCACGGACAGAUUCUCCUUUUCUAAAAGUGGACCGAAUGCCUGACGGAGAUAUUUGUAUUCUUACUGUUUAUCGUAAAGAAGCUACGCUCACACCAGAUCUUUUAGCACUCAGUUUUCACAGUUUCCUCCUGAACUGAUAAACCUCGGAGAACUGGGCCAUUGACUCUACUUUUGGUUGUUUCCAUUGGCCAAAAUGUUUUCCAACCAAUCAGGUCAGCAGAAGGUCCUCUCCUUUAGGUUGUUCUCUUGGCUAGCUAACCACAUUUCCAGCUAAACAUCAAAGCCUCGUAAAGAAGCCAAACAGAAGCUCAUAGCUAAUGCAGGAUAACGUCUUCAUUUGCACGUGUUUUGCCACAUUUGUGUUUCUACGUUUGCAUCGUUUCUCAUGGAAGUGUACAAAAUAUAUGUUAAUUGGCUCUAAGAUUGGAUGUUGAGUGUAACAUGUUGGAAUUAACCAUCAAGUGUUUGCUUUGAAAGGAAAGGUCCAAAGAAAUGACCUCAGAGUCUCCAACAGAGCACAUGGUCUGCUCUGAAACUGAAGGGGAACACUUGACCUGGCUCACCCAAUCUCUAGCUGAAUGAAAGCCUUCUAAAGAAGAAGCCAAACAGCAGCUCAUAGAUUAGUGCUUAUGCAGAAUCACCUCUUCAUUUGCACCUGGUUUGGCACAUCUGUGUUUCUAUAUGUAUCGUUUCUAAUGGAAGUGUUUAUGGCCGUUUGCACCCGUUGGCCAACUUACAAAGAAUGUGUUAAUUGGCUUUAAGAUUUGAUAUUGAGUGUUAAAUGUUGGAGUUAACCAAUAAAACAACCAUCAAGUGUCAAAGACAUGACCUCAGAGGGUCCAAAAGGGCACAUGACCUGGCCUGGAACUGAAGGGGAACACUUGACCUGGCUAGCUCCACUAAUCUGAAGAAGCCUCUCUGGUUUCUGGUGUGACCGUAGCUUUGGUUUUUCCCACCAGUCCCUGAACCUGCAGGGAUUUAGAUGAACGUCUGCUUUUCAUUACAGAACUGGUGUUAGUUUGCAUGAUGCUGGUGGACAUGGUGUCAACACAUUUCAGGACAUGAGCACAAACUGUCAAAAAGAAAAGGUUGAAUUCACUCACCCAUUAUUAUUAUUAUUUAGCUUUAUGGACUCUCAGGUGCUAAUUGGGGUUAACCCUUUACUGACUGCAGUCACUCAGGUGUGUUCCUGUUAGCGGUUAGAAAGAAGGUUCAGGUUAGCACACUGUAAAGAAGCUAAAAUCACGCAAACCUCUAAUUAGCAUCUAAACACACUUGUUUAUAGCAAUGCAUUUUGAUGCUAAAAACAGACAAUGCUAGGUUAGCAGCUAAACCAACUAGCUUUAUGUUAGCAAAGCAUGUUGAUGCUGAAAACAGACAAUGCUAGGGUUAGCAGCUAAACCAACUAGCUUUAACUUAGCAAAGCAUUUUGAUGCUGAAAACAGACAAUGCUAGGGUUAGCAGCUAAACCCACUAGCUUUAUGUUAGCAAAGCAUUUUGAUGCUGAAAACAGACAAUGCUAGGGUUAGCAGCUAAACCCACUUCAUGUUAGCAAAGCAUUUGUCUGAAAACAGACAAAGCUAACAUGGAUUCUGUGAGGUUAGCUACUAGCUUCCUUUAGCAGCUAAACUAGCUUCCUUUAGCAGCUAAACUAGCUUCCUUUAGCAGCUAAACUAGCUUCAUUAAUGUUGGUGAUGUUCAGAGAGUGUGUUAGGCUAACUUGAUGUAGCUCAUCAAUCCUGGUUUCCUUCAGGUCUAGAAGUCUAAUCCCCACAUCUGGACCUCUUCUCGCUCAGUUUGUGCUCACGUCCCUCCGUUAGCACCUGUUAGCUUAGCAUACCUUUAGUUGAUGUUGGUGUUUGAUGAAUGUGAGAGACAGAGAGAAUAGAAGCAGCAAUAUGAAGACUGUGAUAAUGACCCGUGGCUGAAGAGAGAGAGACUGUUCCUCAUAUCGCUGAGAUGACUUCAGGUCUGAACGUAGCAUCAUGAAGUCUGAGGAGUUUACCUUCAAGACCUUUGUUUGUUGGUUUGUUUGUUUGUUUGUUUAUGAGGAUGUAACUAAAGUUUAAAAAGAUAAAAUCAUCUAACGAGAGAAUAUGUAUAUCAGAAUGAUUUAAAAAAAACUCUAUUAUAGAUCGUCUAUCAGACAAAAGGUUUACAGAGUAUAGAAGAGACAACAAAUAAAAUGUUUGAAGAGAAA